AUGUAUGGAUUUUUGGACAGAUGGAGGAUGAGUGAAUCUCAAUUUAGGUUGUUAAUCUAUCAAUUCACUGCUAUUUGCACCGCGAUAAAAGUAAUCAAUAAUGGUUUAGCUCCUCCUGAAAUAGUUCACGUGCCCUUAAGCAUUCAACCACGAUGCAUUGUGCAAGCAGAUCCACUAGAUUUGGUCUUCUUACUUGAUAGCUCGGGUUCCUUGAAAAACAGAUUUCAAGAUGAAAUUAACGUUAUACGUCGAAUUGUUAAUCAUGUAACUAUUGGGGAGUUCGCUACGCGGGUCAUGCUUAUACAAUUCAGUGGAGUGCAACAUUUGGAAUUUAAUUUUUUGAAGUUCCAAAAACGUGAUGAGAUUCUUGAUGCUCUCGAUGUACUCAGGCAUGUGUCAGGAAUCACAAGAAUUGGCGAUGCAUUAGAAUACACGCUCAAUAUCAUGAAUGAGGAUAAUGGUAUGAGACCUUCACAUGUGCCAAAAAUAAUUUAUUUGUUAUCAGAUGGUCGAACCCAUGAUUAUCCUAAAGAUACAGAUAUGGCAGAUUACAUAAGACAACGAAUUAGUAACGUGGAUAUUUACGCAUAUGGAACUGGCGAAUACGUUGCCCUAAAAGAAUUACUUGAUAUAACGAAGGAUCCAACGAAAAUUAUAACAAAUCAAAACUUGCACGAUUUAGAACCACUGUUCGAUCGCUGGAAGGGUAUUGAAGUUUGCGAAGAACUGCCUGCUUGUGUCGCUGGAUCUGAUAAACCGCUUGAUCUGAUUGUGAUAAUCGAUUCUUCUGAAUCAGUUGCGCGGCUUUUUGAUGAACAAAUCCAAUUUGCUAUAGAACGGGUUGUUCAGAAUAUUAAUGUUCAUCCUGAUGCUGUUAGGCUUGCUUUGAUUACGUACUCAGGACAAGUACAUCUACACUUCAAAUUCAAUGAUGUACAAAUUGGCAAUAACACAGCAGUUAUCAGGCAUUUAAAAUCGUUGAAAUCUAACAAAGGUACCACCUCAACAAAUAUGGCCUUAAACGAAGCUUACGAGCUGUUCAGUGAUAUCGAAAGUGGAAUACGUAAAGGAGUAAAAAAAAUGAUAAUCAUAUUUACUGAUGGACAUUCACAAAAGUCACCACAAGAAGUAGCUUUACGUCUUGCAAAUGAAGGUGUAGAAAUAUUAGCGAUAUCAAUGACUCCACCACCUUAUGCAGAUGAAAAUGAACUUGUGAUGAUUACACAAAAUCCUGAUCACGUUUUUACGCCUAUGAAUUUACAGGAUUUCGAGAGUAGAUUCCUUCCUUUCAUCGGUUUCGGCUGUCUCGGUAUAGAUCUUGGACCUGAUCCACAACCGCGUGUCCGUGGAGCUACUGAUGUUACUUGUGAUCACAGUUCACUUACCUUUGUUGUUCGAACUCAACGUCCAAUGACAGGCUUAAUGUAUGCGCAAGAAUACUUCAAUGAUAUGAAAUGCGUCAGGACUACCGAUGGAUCAUCUCGAGAAAUCUCAAUCAAAUUUGAGGAGAAUAGCUGUGGUCUACAGAAAGCACCAUCAAUGAGGCAAGAUGGAUAUGUGUACAAUAUUACAGUGAUACUUCAGUUUCACCCUGUCAUUAUUACUCGAGCUGAUCAGGGUCUAAGUGUAUCUUGUUUCCACAAGCAACCUGUACCACAACAAGAACUAGGUAGAUCAUCUAUUAAAAAACUUAGCGAUACUGAAUGUUCCUACCGACUUCAUCGAUUUGCACCUGACCAGUGCGUCGCUUUAGACGCCAAAGUUGGUGAAUCGCUUUAUCACAGAUGGGAAUGUGAUAGUCCACCAAAUUAUUUUUAUCUGGUUCAUGAUUGUUACGUUAGAUCAGAAACCAAAAAUGUGCAAAUUGUCGAUUCUAACGGAUGUGAGAUAGAUCCACAUUUCUUGGAAACUCCGGACUAUGCAAGAUUUUUCGAAAGCCAAAGAAAAAAUAGAGUUUAUGUUUUCAAAGAAAUGAGUGUAUUCAAGUUUCCUGGCGAUGGCAACGUCGUCUUCCAGUGUCAUAUUUCACUUUGUGAUAUGGAAAGUGAAGAUUCAUGCAAACAAAUGAUCCCACCGCAAUGUAAGAAAAAUGAAUCGCAAAAGUUUACGGACGUGGAAUCAGUUAGAACAAAACCAGGAUUUGCUAUGACGUUUUAUGUUGAAACCCGAACUUUAAACGUGUUGGAGAAUGAAUCUAUUCGGCCUCCUAUUCCGGUUAAAUAUUGUGAUAUUUGA